AUGCGUCGAACGAUUCGCUUCGUCCGUCUCCAGAGUGUGGUGCGUUUUUUAGAUUUGGCUGCGGGGUCGUCCACGGCCGUCACCGCCCGGCUUGCGUCGCUGUCGCCGGUAUCCGGUUCCAGUUCUGCCUGGCCGAGGGAACGGUUGGCAGUUCCGGCACACUCUCGUCUCGUCUUGUCCGGUCAUCUGAUGGCGGUGGGACUUCCGGAGCCUGGACAACGUUGCCCGGGAUGA